AUGUAUUGGUGUGGGUGCCCAAAAAAUUAUUCUCUUUCUAGCUCUUGAGCAGCAGCGGCGCUUGCCAUAUAGGUUCUGGCGCAAACAACUACUACGGAGGAUUUGCGGUUGCAGUGAGGAGGCUUCGUUUGCACCGCACACUCGGCACUGCUGACCGGCGAGAACAGAAACACUCCUCGAGAAGUGAUCAUGUCGUCGGCACCUAACACCGGUGUUGUUGUACCAAGAAAUUUCCGCUUACUAGAGGAACUUGAGCAGGGACAAAAAGGAGUCGGAGACGGCACGAUCAGCUGGGGUCUUGAGAAUGAUGAUGAUAUGACGUUAACCCACUGGACUGGCAUGAUCAUUGGGCCUCCCAGAACGCCAUAUGAAAAUAGGAUGUACAGUCUUAAAAUUGAUUGUGGGCAAAGAUAUCCAGAUGAUGCACCAAGUGUCAGAUUCUUAAGUAGAAUUAAUAUGAAUUGCAUCAAUUGUACUACAGGAGCGGUUGAUAAUCGCAGUGUACCAAUCCUGUCAAAAUGGCAACGUGAUUACACAAUUAAAACGGUUCUUACAGAAUUGCGUCGUUUGAUGACGUUAAAAGAAAAUAUGAAACUGUCUCAGCCUCCUGAAGGCAGCACAUUUUAGCCUAACAGCAUGUAAAUUUUAUAUCACCUAUAUGCAAAACAGCAUGAGGCAAACAAAAAAAUUGUAAAACAACCAAGGUACCAAAUAAUAUUGCACUGGUGCCCAUUGAAGACGUAUGAUAAGAACAAAGUGAUUACACCUCCAUGAUAAUGAAGCUAGGGUGUGUUGGUGUUUUGAACAGUUGAAUCUUCAUUCAUGCUCAUAUCUGUAAGACCUUAGAAUUAAAUACUGCUAGUGAUUCUUUUUUUGCUAUUGAGCUCCAAAGUUUUUGAGCUAAGUUACAAUUGUAUUCUAGGCAAGUAUAUAUGAUAUGAAAGCUGUAAUCACAUAUUCUUACUCGACUUUGAGCAAAGGAAUGCAGAUUCGAUUGGACAAGAUUUAUUAAUAAUAGCAAAAAGUCAUAUUUUGAAUCUUAUAACAAAGAACAACUGGAAAACUUGGAAACACAAAUUGUGUAAUAAAAAUUAAUAUUCAAUAUGAAAAAGAAACUGAUAAUACGUUCAAAGUUUUUUAUUAGUAAAGUGUUACCUACAUUAUUCUGUAAUCUUUCUUUUUUUAUUAGUUUCAUGUUUAAAUAUUGGGGUGAAAGAUUUGCUAAACGGCAUCAACAGUAAUUUAAAAUCUAUUUGAUUAAGAAAUCAAAAAGUGGUUUUAAUAUGUUUUCUAAGAAGUUUUUGUUUUCUAUGUAAUUUGGAAAAUAAACAAAUUGAACAUAUUUUUACAAUAAUAAAAUUAUAUAUAUAUUACACAUACACACAUGCACGUAUACAUAUAUAUAUAUAAUCCUU